UAAUAUCAUAGGUUAAAAAUGAUAAGAGCGUUUUAUAAUCAGUUUAAAGUCACAUUGAACUAUUAAUAAUACGUUAGUCCGGCUCUUUCAUCCAUAGAUGUAACAAGAAGAAUGGCGGAUAUCACCAAUAUCAACGGAGAUUUUAACGAUGGUCCGGAUCAGAUUAUACCUUCCGAUAGCAUAUGGACGGUACGGCCCGAAGGAACCGUGAAGUUGCGAAUUCCGAAAACUGCUAUCGCUAUUGAACAAGAGAAACCUAUAUCCAUCCCAGGACUGUUGAAUAGGACAGCCCAGGAUUUCCCCGAUCAGGUUGCUUUGGCCUGGCAGGAAGAUGGUGACUGGAAGAAAAUGACCUACAAGGAGUACCGCGAAAAUAUUCGAACAUGUGCAAAGGCUUUCCUGAAACUGGGACUUCAAAGACACCACGCCGUUUGCAUUCUGGGUUUCAAUAGCGCCGAAUGGUUUAUCUCUGAUGUAGCCGCCAUCCAUGCCGGAGGAGUCGCGGCCGGCAUUUACACGACCAAUAGCAGCGAAGCCUGUUUUUAUUGUGCAGAAAACAGCCGUGCUAAUAUAAUUGUUGUUGAGGAUGAAAAACAACUGGAGAAGAUUUUGCCGCUUCGGUCACGCCUUCCCAAUCUCAAGGCCAUAGUCCAAUAUUCAGGCGAGCCUAAGUGCGAUGAUGUCCUCAGCUGGAAGGCGUUAAUGGCGAUCGGAGAAAAAGAGUCUGACGAACAUCUAGACAAAGUUUUGAAAACAUUAGCCAUUAACGAAUGUUGUACUUUGGUUUAUACAUCUGGCACUGUCGGAAAUCCAAAAGCCGUAAUGUUGAGUCAUGACAAUUUGACUUGGGACGCGAUGAGCAUAUCUCAGCGACUGUUCUUAGACAAAGGCUGCGAAACAAUCGUGAGCUAUUUACCUUUGAGCCACGUGGCCGCUCAAGUGGUAGACAUUUAUAUAACAAUGACCGUCGGGGCUUCCGUUUAUUUCGCAGACAAGAAUGCAUUGAAAGGUACGCUGGUCAACUGCCUGUUAGAGGUGCAACCGACGAGGUUCCUGGGUGUGCCGCGUGUCUGGGAAAAGAUCUACGAGAAAAUGAUGCAAAUCGCCGCCCAAAAUGGUACCAUCAAAACCGCGAUCUCCACGUGGGCGAAGGGCCACAGCCUGCAAUACUAUACCGACAAAAUGAAUGGCAAAGAAACAAACACCUGGGGAUACUCUGUAGCGAGUUCUCUAAUAUUCAAUAAAGUCAAGAAGGCAUUGGGCUUAAGUAGGUGUAAAACCUUUGUGUCGGCCGCUGCGCCAUUAUCAGCGGACAUUAAGAAGUACUUUAUGAGCAUAGACAUUCCUGUGAUGGAAGCUUUCGGUAUGUCGGAAGCAGGUGGAGCCCACACUAUUUCUACUGAACAUGCGUUCGGCUUUAGUACUAUUGGCAUGACGUUGCCGGGUUGUAAAACUAAAAUCUCCAAUCCCGAUAAGGAAGGGCAGGGCGAGAUCUGCAUGUAUGGAAGACAUAUUUUUAUGGGCUACCUGGACGAAGAGGAAAAGACCAAGCAAACACUUGAUGAGGACGGAUGGCUUUGUUCGGGCGACAUUGGUUAUUUGGAUAAAAAAGGUUUAGUUUAUAUUACAGGUAGAAUUAAAGAACUGCUGAUCACGGCCGGAGGCGAAAACGUGGCCCCGGUACCGAUCGAACAAACACUUAAGACCCAUCUUCCCCAUAUUAGUGGUGCAAUGCUCAUAGGGGAUAGGCGGAAGUUCCUAUCUGUACUAAUCACAUUAAAGACAGAGGUGGAAGGUGACGGCACACCAACAGAUGUUCUCACGAGAGAAUCGAAGGAGUGGCUGAAGAGUUUGAACUGCCCAGCGGAUACUGUCUCCGAUGUUCUGUCAGCUGGACCUCACCCUAACUUAUUAGAAGUAAUACAGAAGGGCAUACACGAAACAAACAAAUCGGCUCCUUCAAACGCUCAACGAAUUCAAAAAAUGACUAUCCUACCAGCUGAUUUCUCCAUACCCACCGGGGAAUUAGGUCCUACCAUGAAAUUGAAACGUAACUUCGUGCUGGAUAAAUACACCAAGCAAGUGGAAAACAUGUACAUGUAAAUUAUAUAAUUAUUCGGGAUGGUUCGGGAUAAAUUAGAUGAAAAAAUUGUUUAUUUGUUGUUGUUUUUUUUAUAAAAAAUACUGGUUGUUUUGGUUUUAAU